AUGCUCGAUAUUGAGGAAGAAACUGAACUUCCUGCAGUGCGUGAAGACGAGGUGCAAGAGACAAUAAGUCCAGCUGUAGAAAAACCUUUAGCGCCACCUAAGUAUGAAGUACGCCCUGGUCUUGGUGAAAAAUUCCAAGCGGCCAACGUAAAGGAAAUAAUACUGACGACAAUGCAGGAACAACUGAUGGGUCGCCAGUACAGGUCCGACCAGGCCCCCAGAUGGGUCAAAGUCAUAGCUAAUGCCAUACGACAGAGAGUACAAGAACUUGAUAUGAAGAGAUACAAGAUCGUAGUACAAUCGACAAUAAUAGAAAUGAAGGGCGCAGGCGUGAAGUGCGGACAGAGAUGUAUUUGGGACCCGGAGACUGACGACUACACGGACGCGACGUAUAGGAACGAGACAAUAUUCUGUUACACGACUGUCUAUGGUAUUUAUAUGUACUGAAAUGUAUUUAUAUAGGUUUUGAAUGAUAUUUUAAUAGUGUGUGUAAUUUGAAUAGCACAUUGAACUAUGUAUAUUAUUUUUGAGAAGGAAGAAGUGCGUUCUCGCUGUGAUUGCACCAUUUAUGGGGAGCAUAUUAAUAAUUUUUCUACUACAAUUUUAAAUAGAAUGAAAGUCAUAAUGGAGAAUUAGGUUUGCGUCUAGUCUACUUCCCAACGUAUGUACAUACGUCUUAGUAAAAUUUCUCAGUAAAAGUGCGGAUCUCGGGUUUGCCUCGUGAUUUAGGUUCGCCUUUGUAAUUAUGUCGGACCUGUUUGUAUUUUAACUAGCUGUAAUACUUAAUUUUGUACACUUCACUGCCUACGCUCUCUUGGGCAAUAAGAGGCAUAAUGUUAUUUUAUUUGAUAUUAAGUUGUUGUUACUUAUUACGUAUUUAGCUUUAUUUUAUUCAUUACUUAUUU